AUGUUUCCAGCCAAUCACCAAAUCUCCAAGAAAAAGGAUCGCAACUCUGCAACGCAGGAAGGAAUUCAUAAACCACCCAGUUAUCCUGCGUUGGUCAAGUUGGUGGUGCCAUGUGACAACUCACCCUAUCGAUACGACCUCUGGGCGCUGGCGUGCAACUCUAUAGCUGAGGGUAUGCAGUCGAAACUCAGUGUAGACACUUACGCCGCACGUUCACUGGAUGGGCUCAAAGCCACCAUGGACAUGGGCCAUCCGUUUUACAAACUUUCCGGUUCCAUGGGUUUGAUAUACGUCGAGGCUCGUCAGCGGGCGCCACUUGUCACCAUUUGUCAAAACUGGUUCAAUCAGUGUUUCCAACUGUAUGGAGCAGCAUGGGAGGAAUGCAUUAGCGGGCGUUGGACUGCAGAAGCGUCCAUUAUCAAUAUAUAUAUAUACCGCGAUUCUGGUCCCCACGGAAGUGCUUUGUUAUUCAAACUCGGAUAG